AUGCUUCUUCUAGACUACCAAAACGUGCUGAUUCAGUCAGUUCUGACUGAACGGUUCUCUGGGCUGUACGUCAGAGCCCCUCCCGCUUCCAUUGACCAGACGGUCAGCGACUUCGACGGCGUUACGUUCCAUAUCUCGACUCCUGAGACCAAGACCCAGGUUCUUCUUUCGAUCCAAAUACGAUGCUUCCCCGAUCUCGUCAAAUACGGAGCUGAGGAGGUUCUCCAGCGAGAGUAUGGCGACUACAUGACAUCGGUUGAGCCCGGCUUCGACUUCUCCGUUCUCGUGGACUUGGAGAACCUCCCAGAGUCAAAGGAGGAACGUAAUGAGCUGGCUCUCAAAUUCGCUCUCCUGAAGCGCAACGCCAUGGCCGCGCCAUUCGAGCAAGCUUACAAGGAGCACUACGAAUUGAAGGAGGAGGCUUCCAAGUUUACGUCCGAGGAAGCUCCUCAAGGUAUCCGAGAGGGAGGUCAAGUUAAGGCGAUCCACUACCGAGAGGAGGAGGCCAUCUAUGUAAAGGCCAGCCACGACCGAGUCACCGUGAUCUUUAGCACCGUCUUCCGCGAAGAGACCGACCGAGUGUUUGGAAAGGUAUUUAUCCAAGAAUUCGUCGAUGCCCGAAGGAGAGCUAUUCAGAAUGCUCCUCAAGUCCUGUUCAGGAACGACGCCCCUCUCGAAUUGCAGGGUGUCCCAGGAAUCCAAGAGUCUGGAUCCGGGGAUAUUGGCUAUGUGACUUUCGUCCUGUUCCCCCGCCAUCUUACUCCUCAGCGCAUGACCGAUGUUAUCUCUCAUAUUCAGACCUUCCGUGACUAUUUCCAUUACCAUAUUAAGGCUUCAAAGGCCUAUAUUCACUCGCGUAUGCGAAAGAGAACUGCCGACUUCCUUCAAGUGCUGCGUCGUGCCAGACCGGAGAACGAGGAGAAGGAGAGGAAGACUGCCAGUGGCAGAACUUUCAAGGUACAAGGCAACUAG